UGAGCGGCUAUUGGUCGCGGUGGUGCGAGGCGGGCCCAGGGUAUUGUCCGGCUCCGGCGGCAGCGGUCGGGGCUGCGAGAGCGGCUGCGGCGCGGGCGGCAGUGGGCGUCGCGCGGCCAAGACCAUGGCUGGAGGCAAAGCUGGAAAGGAUAGUGGGAAGGCCAAGGCUAAGGCAGUGUCUCGUUCACAGAGAGCUGGGCUACAGUUUCCUGUGGGCCGCAUCCACAGACACUUGAAGACCCGCACCACAAGCCAUGGACGGGUGGGUGCCACUGCUGCCGUGUACAGUGCCGCAAUUCUGGAGUACCUCACUGCUGAGGUGCUGGAGCUGGCAGGUAAUGCCUCCAAGGAUCUCAAAGUAAAGCGUAUCACUCCACGUCAUUUGCAGCUUGCAAUCCGUGGUGAUGAAGAGCUGGAUUCACUUAUCAAGGCUACCAUAGCUGGGGGUGGUGUGAUCCCUCACAUCCACAAAUCUCUGAUUGGAAAGAAGGGACAACAGAAAACUGCUUAGGAGAGUUGUUUCAGCCAGCCUGCGUCCUCCCCGUCAUUGUACUGUAACUGGGACAGAAGAUAACAAUGGAGAUAUGUGGAGUUUUUUAAAACAGUUAAAUAGAAAAGCAUAGACAAUUACUGUAGACAUGAUAAAAGAAACAUUUGUAUGUUCUUAGACUCGAAGUUUGAUAAGUCCCUUUCCAUGUGGUCAAAGUCAUGUGUUGAUUGGCCAGAUUUCUCCCUUGUGUUUUAUACAAAAAUAGAAUUGAUAAAACAUUUUUUACAAAAUUGA